AUGCCUCCCGUUCUACGGCCCUACAGAUCGAGAAGAGUGCGGCCGUGCGACAGGUGUCGAAGACGAAAAUCCGGUUGUGUCAUCGAUGGAGAGCCGCCGUGCCAGCUGUGUGCUAAAUUCAACCUCCGGUGUGAGUUCACAGAUAAGGCACCGCCUGUGAAUCGGCACAAACAGGCUAAAAACCAUGAAAUUGAGAUAAAUCCUGUUGCGGAGCUGGAGUAUAGUGAUCCAGUUGCCGACCUGACAUAUACAGACGACAUCGUAGAAACAACAUUUGAUUCUAAAACUCUUGAACGGAGGAACGUUGUUCAUGCAGAUCAAUUAAUUCCAGACGCAGAAAUCUGGAACGAGCUUUUUGGGCUGAUCGUUGGCUCAAACCAGUACAGCAAUGUUGCUAUAACCUCUCCUGUGACUACUGGAGACGACGAGGAACACUCCUCCAUUGAUGCUUUCAAAAAGUACCAGAACGUUUAUCUCUAUAAAUCUGGCUACAUUGAUCCCGUUGUCCAGCAUCUAUCCAAAAAUCUAGAAAGUGCAGAACCAAAAGAGUGCCAUAUCCGUAAAGUGGUCCAAGCUGGAGCCGCAGAGUAUGUGCUCUUCUCGCGCAAACCAACAAACUACGACGUGCCUGGUAUUAAUUCGCUUAUACAGCAGCUUUUCAGCCCGCACAUUCCCAAACUCAUGGUGCUAUUUCUCAAACAUGUGAACUCAUACUUCCCCGUUUUCUCGCGCGGCCGCUUUAAUACCUUCGCCAAGCAGGACCCAAAGGUCUUUCCUUCUGCGCUUUUUGGCAGUCUGCUUGCUGUCACCGUCGAUUGGUGGCACAGGCAUCCUGAGUUGAGCUUGAUGGAGUGUCCGACAGUGGAGUCUUUGGUCUCUGCUACUCGGGCGACAAUACUUUCUGAGACGUCAAACCCCUGCUACGGAACCCUUCAAUCGUGCUUGCUGUUGUCCCAAAAACUGACACUUGAAAAUGUUGAGCUUGACGGGACCCAAGAAUUAUCUUUGCUGAGCGUUGCAUUCACAAUUUGCCAGUCUAUGGGGAUUAAUGUAGAGUGUCGUCAUUGGAACAUCCCUGACUGGGAGAAGAGGGUCCGACGACGGCUAUGGUGGACACUAUUUGUCCAGGAAAAAUGGCUUAGUUUAUCUCUUGGACGGGCAAGUUUUAUAUCCAGAGACGCAUGGAACGUGUCGAUGGUUGACGGCUCUGAUUUUGCAUUCUACCCGGAUUCAUGGGGAUCACAGGAGCAGCACGAAUGUGAAGUGCGCAUCUUCAGUCUCGUAGUGAGUGUGACCAUGGUGAUUGAUGAUUUAGGAGAGCUGAACAGCUCUCUGCUGAGUCCAGCUCAUGACAAAGCUAAGGCUUUUCUCCAGCGCAUUGACACACUGAGGAACGAGAAUUCAGAUAUUUUUAAUCUGGACCAGAUCUUAUCUGGCGGCAGAAGUGCGGCAGCACUGGUUGUUGCAGCUCUAACGGCCAAGGUGCUAAUCUACAGCUCUCUUCUCCGUUUAAUGGAAACGGAGGCAGGGGAGGACCAAGUUUCCAGAACUAAGGUCGAGCACGAAUGUUUGGAGCUUACUGUAGAGGUUCUGGAAAUCCUCGGGAGACUAAGGCCGCAUCACUUUGAGUCUUUUUGGUACUCUUGGUCGAGGUUCAACUUUGCAACCAUCGCCAACUUUUUCCUCCUCGUAUCGCGACUGUGUCCUCCAAGCCAGUCUAAAGCUGUUGAAGCGAACAUGGCCAAGCUCCGGUUCUUUUUCCAGAGCAGGUCGUUGGUGUUUCGGCAUCUGGGCCUUGCCAUGUGGAUAUUAAAUGUGCCUGAAUACUGA